AUGGCGGCCAGGGGCUACGAGUGCGGAGCCGGAUCGAAGGCGGGCGGCGAGCGGAGCUCAUGGCCGAUGGGCGGGGGAGAGGAGAUGCGGGAUGCGUGGCUGGCGAGGGCCGGGGCCCUCCGUGAUGAGGCCGGCGGAUCCGCGGUCACGAUUCUGGCCGACGGAACGAUGUGCGUGAGGCGGGGCAGGGGCGCCCCCGAGGCAGGCACGGCGAGGUCGGGGGCCGGGAGAAAAGGAGAUCGACGGAAAUCGGCGCCCAAAGAUUGGGCCCUGCGGCGGAGAUUGGCGGCGUCGAGAGGGCCGGGGGGUCUGUUGGGGUUUGAUGCCGACCCGGGGGUCGGGGAGGUCGACGCCGCCGACGGGGUCGUUGACCCGGUCAGCGCGGUCAACGGGGGUGAUGGCUUGGUCAACGGGGUGGGGCGGCGGCGGGUGAUGCAGGGCGGCGGGGCGUUUGGGGAGGAGCCGGGGCUGCCGGCGACGUCGAGGGGGCGGGUGCGCGUGCCAGCGGACAGCUCCGUGGAGGAACCCUUCGCAUGGAUCGGGCAGGUGGGUCGGUUUUGCUCCGGGGCGCUGGUGGGUCCAUGCCACUACUUGACGGCCGGCCACUGUGUUUGGGAUCCAGAUGGCCUGCAGGUGUCCUCAGGUGCCAAUUUCAACCCGGGGCGCAAUGGUGAGGAGCAGAGGCAGCCGUUGGGACAAUUCCAGGCGCUGCAGAUAUAUCCGUCCAUCAAAUGGACGCUGUUCAACAACUACACCAGCGAUGUGGCAAUCGUUCAUGUGCAAGGAACUCCUGGGGAGGACGCGAAGUUCUUCGGCUUCGGCGCUGAUGGCCUGCCCUCAGACCUCCAGCUCAACAGCGCGGGCUACCCGGGCGACGAGGGCGAGGGCGAGAUGUGGUUCGAUUUCUGCGACGCUGUUUCCGGCGGCGGGUUUGUGAACCACACCUGCGAGAUCGCCAGUGGCAGCUCGGGCUCUGCCAUGUGGACGUACUCUCCAGACGGCGGGGAACGCAACAUUGUGGCGGUGGUGAGCGCGAUAUUAUCGGGGCUGUCCGAGGGUAGGAUCGCGCGUAAGCCGGUGUCGAUAUAUUUGGAGGGCAGCCUGCUGAGGGAUAUGAAGGCCGUGAUAGAAGACAUGGAGUGCGUGACCCCAUAG